AUGUCGGAUCACGAUUCUUCUUCCUCCAUUCACCAAGAUUCUGCUACUUUACGCAAGUACGAUGUCACUGUCACAACUACUACACUAUCAGCAUCCUUGAAUAUCACUACUAUAUUGUCUUGGGUAAAGGAUGAGUUGGAACCGUACGUGGAACAUGGUCAACUACCAAGUAUUGAAGAUUUGGAUACAAGUUGGGAAGAUGGUCGCGCCUUUUUAUGUCUAGCUCAUAGUCUCUAUCCUACUUCCUUUGAUACUACAACAAUAUUCAAUGACCUCAUGUCACAACCCCUUGAUAAGACUGAUGUUGCUGCUGCUCGAUCUACUUAUGCCUUUUCAGUAUUCAACGAUACACUCGAUAUUACUCCACCUCAUUCAAUAGAUCCUCCAAUACCAAUCCCACUAUACCUUGCACAAGUUCGACAAGCUUACCUAUUUUUAAAUCCGUCAUCAGCACAUCCAAGCUCUAUUACCAGCCACAACGACAAUAAUGACAAUACUAUCGACACGAAUGAUCCAUGGCAACAACGAACAAAUGCUGUAUUAUCCGCCAUCCAACAAGUCAGGCAACAACUAUUAGAAUUGGUUUUUCAUCCAUCAUCUAGGGAUGAUCCCAAGUACGAUAACCAUCGCGAUCUAUUCUCAAAUAAUAAUAACAACAACGGUGAGUCAAGUGAUAUCAACUCAUCAUCUGACGCAUAUGAAGAUACUGACCCGAAUAGUACCACCAUUAAAGUCACGGAACCAGCUCGAUCAAGGACAACAAGUGGAUGGGAAGAAGAUCUCGGCAUGAUGGAACAACAGUUACAGGAUUUGCAUCAUAUCAUGGAUGAUUACCAUUCUUGGACAAAGGACAACAUUAACUCUUGUGAAGGAUAUAAAGAUGGAACGACCUUGACUCAAAUGGAAAAAGAAAAGCGGCGAGCAUUGAUACAGAGUGUGAAUGGUGCUUAUGAAUCUCUCCAGGAAUAUCUAGAGCAAGAUCAGCAAGUAUUGGCAGUAUUUCGGAAACGGGCUCUUUUUACACAAGCUACAGCUCCUAUUCGACAAGACUUGGAUUGGGUACAAGCAGAAAUGUUGAAGACGACUACGACAGACAAUGGGAUCAAAGAACUUGAAUCACGUGUACGGAAUGCUGGGAUAUUAUUACAACAAUUAAAGCAACAAUAUAGCGAUGGACAGUGUAGUAUCGACCUUUCAUCAUCACUAUCAACAAGUACAACUGAUAAUCAACUACAGGAAGAUGAACAACAAAUCAACACAAAUCGUUCUUCUGAUCAUGGUUUAUUUACCGACGACGGUGAUACACAUACUUUUUAUGCUGCAGAAGUGGAUGCCCUCGUUAAAAGGUAUCAGUUGGUGCAAUCUUGGGUGGAUGAUGUUCGUAUUUGGUUCGUGGAAGCUCAACGUAUCCGACAAUGGAUUGGUGAAAGAAUUGAUAUAUUGGAAAACUCAACUAUACCGGAUGGUAUCUUAUCUCAUCAUUUGACCCUCACUGCCGAUCAAGUGGAAGAUCUCAACACUACUCAUGAUGCUUUGGAAAAAGAAGUGGAAUUAUUUGACAAGGAAGAUAUGUCUCGCUUACGGAUACAUGUGAAAGAUUUGACCACUGAUGCAACAAAGGAUAAAGAUCUUAGGUAA